GAGAGGACUUCUUUUUGUCGGGAGAUGCUUCCAAGUAGUUCUUCGUCUUGAUAAAUAUCGUUUGGCUUUCAUCAAAGUUGAAGAGCCUCCAACAUUGUUGAAAGUCUUUGCCUCUGGACAAGUAAAUUUCCAAAUUCAGUACCAACUUAUAUUCUGUCUUUGGUUACUGACUUUCAACCCUAAAUUUGCUCAAAAAAUGAACAGAUUAGGCGUCAUUCCAAUCCUAGCAGAUAUUCUCAGUGACUCC